UAUAACGUGCAUCACAAUGUAUAAUAUACAUCACAUUAAAAGUAUUAAAGUAUUGGCAUAGUGUUUAUUAUAUAUGAUUUUUGGUACUGUUUGAAAGCACAUAUCUAUUUGAAGUUAAUAAUAAUGUUUUUAACAUCAAUUGUUUUAUCUGUCGGAUUGACUAAUGCAUUCGCUGGAACUUCAAUUUUUCCAAAUGUUAACCAAGAAAAUCUUAACUUUGGUUCUCAACAAAUACCACCGAUGAGACGAGAAGAUCAACUUUAUUCUUCAAACAUGACAUAUUCGCCAAUGGAGGGAAAUCAAAAUAUGUAUCCAAUCCCGCAACAAUCAAUGAUGCAAGGAUUCCAACCUCAAUUUCCGUUUAAUCCCAUAAAUCAGCAACAAUUAUCUUUAUUAUUGAUGUCAACCUAUGCCAGAAUGAUCUCAUUAAUGCAACUCAUAAACAUGCAAAACAGAUAUCAACCUUAUAAUCAAUACUAUGAUCCAGCCGUAAAUAAUUUUGUUCAAACUCCAGUUCCAUUGCCAUACGCUCAACAACCUCAAGUAGAACCACAAAACAAUUUACAAAAUGAAUUGUUGCAACAACAACAGCAACAAGCAGAAGCACAGCAGAAAGCUUUAGAAGAACGAAGAAUACAAAGUGAAUUAGACAUGGAAGUUCAAAGACAACAAGAACUAAAAAAAAGACAAAAAGAGGAAGAUGAAUUAGAAAAAAAACAAAAAGAGAUAGAACGUCGAUUACUUGACGAAGCAGAAAUAGAAAGAGAAAGAAAAGAAGCUGAACAGCAAAUCUUAGAAGAAGAAAAAAAUGAACAAAAGAAAAUAGAAGAUGAUCGUAAAUUACGCGAAGAAGAAGAAUUAAGAUUUAAAAGAUGUGAACAAGAGAAAUUGAAACAAAAAGCAAGAGCACCACAAAAAGUAGCUAGAAAACCACGUAAAACUUCAACAACUUAAAGAAGGUAUUAUUAUUUUAAAACUACAGACAAAAUACAUUAAGAAUAAUUAAAACAAUUAAAUAUAUAGCAAAAAGUAUGUUUGAACAGAAAUGAUUGUAUAUAUAUAUAUAAAAAAAACUAUUUAUACAAUAUACAAUUUUAUUACCUA